CUCAUUCAUUGUAAUAUGGGCUUAGAAUAUAAGCCCAGCAACCUCAUAUUAGCCCAGAGUCAUGGUCUGAACUUCAUCGUCAGCUCUCCUGGUGGUCGUCGUCGUCGUCCGUAAUUUACAGUAAAUUCUAAAGCUCAGAUUUUUUGACUCCCUUUUCAGAUUCUGAUUAAGUAUGCAUUUUCACUAUAAAUUGCAUAACUUUUGUGGAGAACCACCGUUGGGCAGUCUUUGUUAGUUGGUUAAAGAAGGUUUUUGAAGUAAAAUUUUGAGCAAAACGGAACAACCAAAAAACAAAAAAGAAAAAGAAUGAGCGCUGUGCCGAAGGAAGCAAUAGAGGUGAUUGCACAGAGCAUUGGCAUUAACAAUUUGUCCCCUGAUGUUGCACUUGCUCUUGCUCCUGAUGUGGAAUACCGUGUCCGUGAGAUCAUGCAGGAAGCAAUUAAAUGUAUGCACCAUUCAAGACGGACUAUCCUGACAACAGAUGAUGUGGAUAAUGCACUUAAAUUAAGAAAUGUGGAGCCAAUCUAUGGCUUUGCCUCUGGAGAUCCUCUGCGGUUCAAGAGAGCUGCUGGACAUAAGGAUUUAUUCUACAUCAAUGACAAGGAUGUGGAAUUUAAAAAUCAGGUGAUGGCAGCACCUUUACCAAAAGCACCACUUGAUGUAUCCAUUAGUUCUCACUGGCUGGCAAUUGAAGGUGUACAACCCUCAAUUCCAGAAAAUGCUCCUGUUGAAGCACUUGCAGCAUCCUCUGAUGGUAAAAAAUCUGAAUACAAAGAAGAUGGACUUUCUGUUGACAUUAAAGUACCCUUAAAGCAUGUACUUUCAAGGGAACUAAAGCUUUACUUUGAGAAAAUAACGGAAAUUACUGUUAGCAGAUCCAGCUCCAACCUCUUCAAAGAAGCAUUAGUGAGCUUGGCAAAAGAUUCAGGACUUCAUCCUUUGGUUCCUUAUUUCACUUACUUCAUUGCAGAUGAGGUUACACGGAACAUGAGUAACUUUCCUAUCCUGUUUGCUUUGAUGCGGUUUGUUCGAAGCCUUCUUCAAAAUCCACACAUACAUAUAGAACCUUAUCUUCACCAAUUAAUGCCAUCCAUCAUUACCUGCCUUGUAGCAAAAAGAUUGGGCAAUAGAUUUUCUGACAAGCACUGGGAGCUUAGAAAUUUUGCUGCGAGCCUGGUUGCUAUAAUAUGCAAAAGAUUCGGGCAUGUUUAUCACAACCUUCAGCCACGUGUGACUAGAACACUGCUUCAUGCUUUCUUGGACCCAACAAAAGCAUUGCCUCAACAUUAUGGUGCAAUUCAAGGCCUAGCAGCUCUUGGUCCCAGCGUGGUUCGUAUGCUUAUAUUACCAAAUCUGGAGCCAUACAUGCAACUUCUUGAGCCAGAAAUGCAACUUGAGAAGCAAAGGAAUGAGAUUAAGAGGCAUGAAGCUUGGCGUGUGUAUGGGGCCUUGCUGCAUGCAGCUGGCCAAUGUAUGCAUGAUAGGAUGGACUUCUUUCGUAGUUUUCUGUCUCCACCUUCUAGGACCAUUUGGAAGAGCAAUGGGAAGGUUGCAACUAAAUUGACAAACAAACGCAAAGCAAGUGCCGACAACUUGAUGCCACAACCACCUUUGAAGAAAAUUGCAAUGGAAGGCAGGAUGGGAGCAAUGAGAAUGAACUCCAUGCAAGUUGACGUGCAAGGUGCUACAGCUGGAUUUCCCUCUGCUGUAGGGGGAUCCAGUCUUGGUGUAUCGUCUAUACCCCGCCAAUUACCAAAUGAAAACUUUCCAGGGAGGCAAGUGGGUGGUCAAAUGGUAAAAACAUCGAGUGUUCUUGCUCAGGCUUGGAAAGAGGACAUGGAUGCAGGUCAUUUACUCGCAUCAUUGUUCGAAUAUUUUGGUGAAAGUGUUUUCUCCUAUGCUCCCAAAUCAGAGUUGUCUUUCUUCUUGUGAUUAAUAUCAGGGGAUUUAUUGUUGUCAAGAAUGUCAAUUAUCCCUUGAUUUACAAUAUUUUGUUCUUAUGAUGUUAGAGGUUAUACAAUGUGUACAUGUUAGGCAUGUAGUGAUAAUCUAAUAUCUUUUGAGUAUAAAGCUCCAUACUAUUUUGUUGAA